AGGAGGUUUAUUAAUAUGCCUUUUCAUUUACAUGUGAUUUGUUGCACUAUCUCAUACUUGCUGGAUUUUUUCAGUGAUGGAUUCUUUUUUGCUGUAAAGGAGGUUUCUCUGUUGGAUCAAGGAAAUCAGGGAAAACAGAGCAUUCUCCAGCUUCAGCAGGAGAUCUCUCUUUUAAGUUGGUUUGAACAUGAAAACAUAGUUCAGUACUUUGGCACAGACAAGGAUGACAAGAUGCUUUAUAUCUUCCUUGAGCUUGUAACAAAAGGUUCACUUGCAAAUCUCUAUCAAAAGUAUAAUUUGAGGGAUUCUCAGGUCUCUGCAUACACAAGGCAGAUCCUUAGUGGUUUAAAGUAUCUACACGAGCAAAAUGUGGUUCACAGGUAAUAUAAUGAUCUUACUGAUGAAUUGUUU